AUGGAAUCAUUCUUGGUUUUCCCCCACCAAGUUUUGGCCUCACCCUCUCCUUUCAUCCUCUGCGUGGCAACCCAUCAACUUAACCAUCUCCCAGCAUCCUUCACUCCACACUGCCACCUUAGGUCUCCACUCUCACCCAUUUCACCUUCACCAAUCACACGGGACCACGUUCUCCCCACCAAAAAACCUCACCCUUUUUCCCAACCUCUCCCCUACACCUGUGCCCCAUCAAUUCAACCUCCCAAACCCAUCUCACUCUCUCCCUCAUCCUUACAUUUCUACUUUGCCAAACCAUCCACAACACCUACACUUUCACCAAACCACCACUGUGAACCAUCCGCGCCGCGCCACCAAACAUCAUCCCUAGCCCUCACUUUCCUGCCCACUAGCGUCUCCCUCAGCCACCUCAUUCGACUCAUCACAUCACACAUCUCCACCAAAGCCCAACAACCGAUCAUGAGUCACCUAGCCUCCACCACUGCGAACCCGCAAAGCUCCUCGUCAGAGUUGCGCCCAAACAACUCGCGCCACUGCGACUUCAACCCACAAUCACCGUUAUUCGAACCCCAAAACCAUCAUAGGCCACACUUUCCCGUGCACUGA